UGCGGCAGGAGCCAUUCCUUCACUGUUCCGACCGUUAUGACGAUCACCUACAGCUGCAUUGCUAAUGGCCGAGUGGUCCUGGCUGAGCUGGCCCUGUCCGGCGGCUCCUAUCAGGAAACAGUGGCAAAAGUGCUUAGACUGGUGCUUCUUAAAGCUGAACCAAAGACCAUAAUUCAGCUGGGAAGCUGUGUCUACCAUACUCUCUUUAUUGAUGGAAUCACUUACUUAUGUGCUACAGACAAUGCCUUGGAUACUGUGGUGCCAUCUGCGUUUCUUAAAAAAGUUAGUGAUACUUUUACGAGAAAUCCUUUGAUGUCACAAGAACAUUUUUCUCCUUCAAAUGCAGUUGCUGCAGAUUUUCAACAAAUAUUAGGAAAGUAUAUGAUGAAAUACAAUAAAAAUCAAGAUGACAGCACUAUUUCCACAGCGAGUCAAGUGACUGAUGUAAAAAAUGUUAUGACACAAAAUAUUGAUACAAUUUUGGAAAGAGAAGAAACACUGAAUAUAUUCCUUGGUAGAACAGAUGAUCUCCAAACAACUGCCAAAGAAUUCCAAAAAACAAGAGAGAUUCCCAGGAGGAUAUGGUGGAACUACUUCAGAAAGAUUGUAAUUAUCACCAUGGCAAUUCUCCUUUCAGUCAUUAUCAUUCUUUUAAGUAUAAAUGUAAUACCAACCUGACCCUUUUCUUCCCAACCCC